CUGGUGCUAUCGGCUCAGAUACCGAUCAGUGAGUGGCAGGACAGCCGAUCCGGAGCGCUCUAGAGCGGGGAUGAAUCGCUCCUCCCCGGCGCCACCAACAAGGUCGCAUCGCUAAAGAGUAAUGGGGCUAAUUUGGCACGUUGAAGAGGGAAAGUAUGUCCGGUUAGUUUAGAGAAACAAUUAAAUAGACAAGUUUGAGAAGUGGAGUGCUGCGCGGUGCGGGACGCUGCGGGGGAAAUGUUCACGUUAUUGGGACUUGAGCUCCAGCUCCAGGCGACCGAAGAGCCCCGAGCCCCGGCCGAACGCACAGGAUGAGACGGGGGCGCGAGGGCAGCCACGCGGGCAUCUCGUUAAGGUUUGUGCCGACGGCGUGAUUUACAGUUUUCCACCAUGGAGGAUAAGUUCAACAGACUCAUCUUCAUUCCCAUCGCUGCGGUCCUCUUCCUGAUGAUCGGCUACCAGUACGUGUGUCCAGCCGACAGCAACACCUGCUACUUCCGAAGCGAGGACAAGGGGCUUUUUUACAAGUCCUCCUCCGGCUUCGACUUAGUUUACACGGAGCCCGAGGCGGACGACGACUUCCCCUCCAAAAUCACGUCUAAGUUCAACUUCACAGAGCGGGACCUGGACCGGCACGUCGACUUCAACAUCCGCGGGGACGACGUGAUGGUGUUCCUGCACAUCCAGAAGACGGGCGGGACGACGUUCGGGCGACACCUGGUGAAGAACAUCCAGCUGGAGCAGCCGUGCGACUGCCUAGCCGGCCAGCGGAAGUGCACCUGCCACCGGCCGGGGAAAGCCGAGUCGUGGCUCUUCUCCCGGUUCUCCACCGGCUGGAGCUGCGGCUUGCACGCGGACUGGACGGAGCUGACGAGCUGCGUGCCGGUGGUGAUGAACAAGAAGGACAAGAAGAGCGUCCAAAAGAGCAAAAAGAGCUUCUACUACAUCACUAUGCUACGUGACCCGGUGUCGCGCUACCUCAGUGAGUGGAAACACGUGCAGCGUGGAGCUACAUGGAAAACCGCCCUCCACAUGUGCGACGGCCGCCCCCCCACUCAGGACGAGCUUCCCGCCUGCUACAGCGGGGAUGACUGGACGGGCGUGUCGCUUGCUGACUUCAUGAACUGCCCUUCUAACCUCGCCAACAACCGGCAGGUGCGCAUGCUGGCCGACCUCAGCCUGGUGGGCUGCUACAACAUGUCGUCCAUGAGCGAGCUGGAGCGCGGACACGUGCUCCUUGCCAGCGCCAAGGCCAACCUACGCAACAUGGCUUUCUUCGGUCUGACGGAGUUCCAGCGGAAGACGCAGUACCUGUUCGAGAGGACGUUCGGCCUGCGCUUCAUCCGAGCUUUCACCCAGAUCAACAGCACGCGUGCCGCCAGCGUGGGCAUCAGCGGGAAGGUACGGUGGCGCAUCGAGGGCCUCAACGCCCUCGACGUGGAGCUGUACGAGUAUGCCAAGGAGCUGUUUCUGCGGCGCUAUCAGUACAACCGCCAGAAGCAGCACCAGGAGGAGCGUCUGAGGAGGCGGCAGGAGAGGCAGCGGAUGCACAGGAACUAUCUGGUGGAGCUGUUAAGACUGGGAGGAGGAGGAGGAGGAGCGGAAGAGGAAGAGGACGAGAAGGAGGAGGUGCUACAAGGGGUGGCCACCACCGAGGAUUACAGUAGCCAGGUGGUGCGGUGGUGAGGAGAACUGACUUCUGGUCGAUUCGUCAUGCUUUACUCCUCUCCCUCCACUUCCUGUCCCACCCCCGCUGGGGUCACGGGGUCAUUGCGCUUUGUUGGACCACCAAACGGUGUCUUAAUAUUUAUGAUGGAUGUAUUUGUCAUGGCAACAUGAACAUUUUGUAUUUAUGUCUGUUUUCUUAUGGCUAUUUUCGGCGCUGCAGUCGUGAAAACUGUUUAUUUAUUCAUUAGCGAGUUCUCACAGGAAACGUUCAAUUACCACUAAAACAAAACGAGCGAGUGUUCCAGAAGCUCCUUCCCUCCAAACAACGGCAGGUUUUCAGUGUCAUAUUUGUAAUCUAGCGCCAUGUUGAUCAGUGAAAUCUUGUCGUGACUCUGUGGUGUUUGGCUUCAUAAGAGUAUCAAAGCACAAACUUGGCUAGCGGCGGUGUGUUUUCUUCUUCCCGACUGAGGAAAUAGUCAAAAGCAAUUCCUCACAGGAAACGUGUUCAAUAAAAACCUGCAGCGUCCGGGCUGAUGUGAAUUUGUACCUGAUGGACUCGCGCUCGCGCACGUGUUUCUGUCUCACUCCGCGCUCUCUCGCUGGAAAAUUUUCUGGAGUCUUCACGCGGUGCGCCGACUCCUUUGUGGUCGGGUACACCGAUGCAUGCUGAUGAGUGUCUUCUUCUCUUCUUUGCUUAGUGGAGAAGCAGAGGAGAGCAGCGAGGCUGAGAAACAAGCUGUCAGAGGCAGUUCAAGCACUCUUUCAUCACGGCGACAGAACAUUGGUAUUUGUACCAUUAGGGCAUUGAUCACCGGGCUCUUUGCUUUCAAAUUGAUCAUUUAAACUUCAAUUGGCCGUGACUCGGCUGCAGCUGGAAAUAAAAGAAGGUGAAGGCUUUUCUCUCCCUAAUUUGAGAAGCAUGCAGCUCGACGGAUGUUCCAUUUUCGCUCCAGUAGAAAAACAAUCAGGUUUAACAAAUAUCCACAGACAGAGCACCUUUAAAACUUAGGUGGAGGGGUGAUUGCCUAAUAUUAAUAUCCUUGUUCUGGUGCCAGUGAUACGCACUCCCUGACAGCUCCGUGAUUCGCUCUGGAGGAGAAAAAGGCAUGGAUGGAGAUCAGGUCGGAGGAAAAAAGGGAAAUAUUCAUUGACUGUAAUAGCUUUUCCAUUCCCAGCUGUCGACUCUGCUCGCACAGCGUGUAGAAAAGAAACAUUUUAUAAAAAUCCAUAAUGAGAAGUCUGAGUUUCACCCAGCUCGCCUGCUUGGGAACUGAUAGGCUUCUCUAAAAGGAGACAAACAAUAUAAAAGCUCCUUCUGCUGAGGAAAUCAGCAGCGAGAACGAGUGUUUGUGCCGUCUGAUGUCUGUUCUCGCACAAAAUUGUAUGCAUUGGUUUCAGAACGUGUUAAUGCUUUUCUCCAAAAUUCAGUUUUUUUCCCUUUUGAACAAAAAGCAAAACAUUGUGAAGGGGCGUGUCCAGAAAAAGUUCAGUGGGGGGCCGUAAAUAUUAUUGGGGGUUUACCAAAGUGAGAACAGCGGGUAAAUAGGUUUGAUGAACCUCUAAACUGCAUUUUAAGAGUUGUGUAUUUUUGGUCUGCCGGCAAUGGAGGUUGAAGCAAAUGGAAAAAUUUAAGGCAGUAUUUUAACUGCUGUGAGUGUUGCCCAAAAAAUGCAAACAAAUAAAAAGUUUCUUAAAUGUUAAGCAAA